AUACCACAUUCCCCGCUUCUCGUCGCAGGAAGGCAAACAUCCAGGAGGCAGCCAGCUCAUUUAUGCCUUCUCCACGACCGUCUGAAGAAAAAUACCUGGAUUUAUCUUUUCAAUAUUUGCGUGGAGUAACAAUCUGAACGUGAAGCUGCAUUAAAUCCCCGAUCGUGCUCAAUAGAUGCUAAUUUCAUCACCAUGGCAACAGAAGAUAAGAAACCAGAGACCGACACAAAACCUCCAGUUGUUCCAUCAGCAUCUGCCAGUCAAAGCAAGUCUGCGCCUGCAAAGCCAAACUACAGCCUGAAAUUCACAUUAGCGGGCCACACUAAAGCUGUCUCCUCCGUCAAAUUCAGUCCGAGUGGAGAAUGGCUCGCCAGCUCAUCUGCUGAUAAACUCAUCAAAAUCUGGGGAGCGUAUGACGGCAAGUUUGAGAAAACCAUAUCUGGACACAAACUUGGUAUAUCUGACGUGGCCUGGUCCUCUGACUCCAACCUCCUGGUGUCUGCAUCGGAUGACAAAACCCUGAAGAUCUGGGAUGUCAGCUCGGGGAAAUGCUUAAAAACUCUAAAAGGUCACAGCAACUACGUCUUCUGCUGCAACUUCAACCCCCAGUCCAAUCUUAUCGUGUCAGGAUCGUUUGAUGAGAGUGUACGGAUAUGGGAUGUGAAAACCGGGAAGUGUUUGAAAACAUUGCCGGCUCAUUCUGACCCGGUCUCAGCUGUUCAUUUCAACAGAGACGGCUCCCUGAUUGUGUCCAGUAGCUACGACGGCCUCUGCCGAAUCUGGGACACAGCAUCAGGCCAGUGUUUAAAGACACUCAUUGAUGAUGACAACCCUCCUGUGUCGUUUGUGAAGUUUUCCCCCAACGGGAAAUACAUCCUGGCUGCUACACUGGACAACACGCUGAAGCUGUGGGACUACAGCAAAGGAAAGUGCUUGAAAACAUACACCGGCCACAAAAAUGAGAAGUACUGCAUAUUUGCAAAUUUCUCUGUCACCGGUGGAAAGUGGAUCGUGUCGGGCUCCGAGGACAACAUGGUUUAUAUCUGGAACCUGCAGACGAAGGAGAUUGUGCAGAAACUCCAGGGCCACACAGACGUCGUCAUCUCGACCGCCUGCCACCCGACAGAGAACAUCAUCGCAUCCGCAGCUUUAGAAAACGACAAAACCAUCAAGCUAUGGAGAAGCGACUGCUAAACCCCUUUGGAUCUUUUGGCCAUUCAUAUUUCCUUUUUUUUUUAUUUUUUCAUUUUUUUGGGUAUAUUUUGUUGUAAGAAAGAGGACUUUUUUUCUAACAGAGAGCUCCUGCGGGAUGCAGAGGGCUUUCAGGUAGUGAAAUUCAGCAAGGAGAACCAAACGAGACACAUGAGCCACAUCACAGAAUCAGCCUACAGCAGUCAGUCAGUCCUGCAGCCGACGUGUUCCCCUCACGUGUCUGUUAACGUGCCACUUUUUCGUUGUCUCCGCAGGGAACGUUUGUUAUACAUUACAACAAUGUUCACACUCUGUUCUGGUGAUUCAGUAUUUCAGACACAUUAACUCUGAUGUCACAGCUUGCCACACGUGCAUUUCUGGUACAAUAAAUAUAACGCUUAUUUGGCCUUUCUAUGAUUUCUUUUGCCUUCUUAAUUUGUCUGUAACUGUGUAGUGUCGUCUAAAUUACUUCAAGAUGGAGAGGUGACUUUGACAUAAAAUGAAGGUAUAAAAAAAAAAAGACCGUAUGGUUGUAUUCACCAUUAUUAGUGGGUUUUUUUUUCUCUAAUCCUAAUACCAGAUCCUUAAUAUGUGCUGUGUGCCAUAAAAGGAUAUUUUAAGUUUGUUUGUCCGAUUAAGACAACAAACUAGGAUUUGGAAGCAUGUAAACAAAGUCAAAUACUUGAAGAAAAAGUGCUGUAUGAAGUCACAGAUAUUAGUUUGACAGUUACAAAAAAAAAAAAAUCCAAAUGUUAUUAAUUCUUUUUAGGAUUGAUUCAAGUCCCUCCUGUUUAACAUUUUACAACGGUGACCAAAUGCAGUUAUUUUGUGUUCUAGUAUUUGUACAUAUUACAUUGACGUAUUGUGAUUUCAUUACUUUAGCUGCCUUUGUUUUUUAUGGUCUCUUCUGCUUGAUUAGCUCCUACUGUAGUUCUGCACACGAAGCCAGCAGCAGCAUCUGUUCUCUGUAGUUAACCUGGAUUUUUGUGGAAUACAUGUUUGCAUUUGACAGCUAUAACCUGCAACUUAAUAAAACCAGUUUUUGUAUGUUUCAUGUUA